AUGGAUCGAAAUAACAAAGGAAACCGGGCAGCACAACAUGCGACUGGCAGACAGAAGCCCAAUAAAUCAAGUUCAAGAUUCAACCCCUUCAGUGAUUCAAACCACUUACCAUCGAUUCCACGACAAUCCUCCAAUGCGCAUCCUCAGAAUCCUGAAGCAAGUGUUGCAUCCUCUUCGCGCACAUCCAACAGCAGGUCGAUAAUCAUGGCUCGGGGAGCGUUUUCUAAAGGAUUGAAUGUGUUCAAGGAAAAGGAGUUGGCGCAAGGUAACCAGAGCUUGUCAAAUGCUGACUUAUCUGAGUACCUCAUUCCAUCCAAGGAUAAAGACGGGCGAGGAAGUCUAGAUGAAACCUAUCAAAUGGUGAAGGGUUCGCCUUCCUUGAAUUGUAGCCAAGAUACCGCUGUGUUUGCGCCACGGUUAUACGGAAUCACUCGUAAUCAAUUACCAGACAGUCAUUCACGUGGUUUAAGCGCAUGUACCAAUGAUAUGGAUUCAUUUGGCAUGGAGAGCACUUAUGACGAUGGACUUCAUACUGCAAAAGAGAAUCAAUCUUCUGCUAUCCAGCGAUCAUAUGAUCAUGAUCAAAAACCGACUUUGAUUGCCAAAGGUUCUGGUGAUAAUGCUGCCCCAGUCUUUGAGGCAUCGAGUACAUCGCCCUUUAAAAAUACAAUACCGUACGGUGUUAAAGCUAUUCCAGAGAACUUGGAUCAACUAGGGGCUCUCACUAGUCCUAAAGACACGAGUUCGAAAAUGGGCAAAGACAAGAAGUCUAAGAGGAGCAAAUUUUCUCCCAAUUCCACAGCGGUUUCUGCGGUUUCUGAGGAUGAACUUUACUCGGGCUUAAGCGAUAUGCAUAUGGGACUUUUCCUUUCUACUUACAAUGGAAAACGAGCAACCCCCUCUCCUGCUAAAGUCACUAAAUCAACUAGUUUCCCGACUGAGCUACCACCACGACCAACCCCGCGACCACCCCUUCCGAUCAGAGUGACAGCUGAGGCAAGAGCUCAGUUUGCGGCAAGGAAACAAGACGAACGAUUAGCACUAGAGCGACGUUUGGCAGAGCCGCACCUAGUACGGCGCUCCCUGCCCAUCAAUAACAAAGGGGGAAUUGGAUUCUUUAGCAAUCUAACAACCAGUUGCUGGGUUACGGUUGGAGUAACACAAUUUGGCAUACUCUCUACAGCAGUUUGCGUUGGAGUCAUCAUUGCGAUAAAGGAUACCAACAAUAAACCAGGCCCUUACAAUAUCAGCGUUCCAGUCAUCUGGUGGCUUGUCCUCAGUGUUCUCCUUCUAUGCGUCGGAGCUUCAACAUUCGUUGUUAUGCUAAUACGUGGAGUUGCUCAUAAUUCUCAAGUCGGUGUCAGACGACCCAACGGAAGUCGAGAUAUUGUAGACAGCAACCUUAGAAGUCGUGGCGAUCUGGAGAGUGGAAUUCCUGGCCCACAAUCUUUCGAAAUGGUCCCAAUUGCUCAUACCCCUCGUCAAGGUGAAUUCCCCUCCUUCGCCACACCCCAGACUGUUCAGAACUCAUAUACUGAGGUCAUGAGACCUAAUGCGGACACGUUUCGACAAGUCCCAAACACCAACCAUGGCUUUGAGCAAGUUCCACUGUAUGGAGUUAGAGGCGGAUCAGAUUACCAGUCUCCCAUCAUGAUCAAUGAACACGUUGGAAAUUACAACUACUCUCCGGUAGUUGCGGAAUCACCUCUAACUCCCUUGCCACAGGCUAUACUGAGCCCGGGCUUCUCUCGACAAGCCGAUUAUUUCUCUACAGUGCAUCAUACUCCCAGCAAACCAAGUGGAUCUCGCCCUGUCAAUGUUCUCACACCAGAUGCGCCUUUCACCCCUACUGGGAUGUCAGCACGAACAUCAGUCAGAAGUAGGGAUAGUCUAGUGGCAGCUGCAACCCAUCGAGAUCUAGCAAUGAGAACCCUCAUGGGAGAAAGCCCAGCUCCAGAAACCUCGCUUGACAUCACCGAUAUCUGGAACGGAUAUCGAAGCACAAUUGAUCCCGCAGCACCAUCACAAACGUCCAUGUAUCCAUACAUGCCAUCUCCACAUCCUCUACGGCACAGCCCAGAAAAUUUGCAACAACAAGGCGCCGGUAAAUUCGUACCUAUGAGCACUAUCCCAUCAAAUGUUAGCUCAAGGAUUGACUUGGACAUGGCAAUUCCACCCCCCCUCAAGCGUGUCGAAACCGAAGGUCCUUUGGAGAAGUUGGAAAAGAGUCUCAGUCACCAGAGUGCGCAAAUUGCGUUAGGACAGCACCUUCCGCCACCGCCAGAUCUUGGUGAAAGACCCCGCAAAAUCUGCCAUAAACGCAUCGUAGACGGCAAGCUCAAGCAAUAUGGAUCACGAGAUGAUAAUUCCGAAGCCGAUUUUGCUACAGCUAGCAGUAGUGGCAGCAAUGUGCACCAGCAACGAUCAGAAGCAAUUACUAAUGGAGGUGUAGCACAUUUUGAUAUUGGCGGUUUGGCUUCAAGAAUAAAUACCGAGGAAGGUUCAGCACUGGAUAGUAUCGAUAUAGCUGAUUCCACUUUUCCAUCAAGAAAUCCCUAUCGCGAUAGCAUGAACGAUGGCGACAACAACAACCAGGGCAAUAUGGAGACAUUACCUGCUAAAUACUACACUGGUGGUGGCAAAGGUAAAGGACGUGCUUUUGAUUAA